AUGUGGCUCACAGAUCAGCAGAAGAUCGGUGCGGGCCUCGUGUCGUUUGGGACGUUCUUCAUCUUUGUGGGCAUCCUGCUCUUCUUCGAUGCCGCACUCUUGGCGCUCGGCAAUGUGCUCUUCACGGCGGGCAUUGCGCUGCUCAUCGGACCGCAAAAGACGUUCUACUUUUUCGCGCGCAAGCAAAAGAUCCGCGGCACCAUCUGCUUCUUCGCCGGCAUGUUCUUGGUCUUCUGCAAGUGGGCGGUGAUCGGCAUGCUGGUAGAGGCAUUCGGAUUCCUCAAUCUCUUCGGCGACUUCUUCCCCGUCAUCCUCAACUUCCUAAGGCAGCUUCCCGUGAUUGGCAACGUGCUCUCGCUUCCAGGCGUCGCAAAUACGGCGCGAUCUCACAUUGCCAAACCGGGCGAAAUUCUUAGACGCGUCGUUGUAGCGUCAUCAUCAUCAUUGCCCGGCAUCGACGCAUUGCACAGCGCCGAUCUUCUGGAUCCAAGUGCACUCGCAACCAUGGCGUCGUCACCACCAGCGAGCAGCCCAAAUGCUCCCCAGACUCCCACCAACGAUGCACAAUCAUCACACACAGCAGGCGCAACACGCGAGCGCUCCAACUCGUCGGUACCGCUGGCGAAACGCUUCAAGCUCGACCACGCCGAAGCUUCAGCAAUAUCGAGCGUCAAUGCUCCCAUCAAUGGCGCCAAGCCAGCCACCACGGCAGCAGCGGCGGCGCCCGAGCAGAGAGACAACUUUGACAGCUUGGUCGACGUCAUGGGUGCAUCGGGUGUGGAUCUGCAGGCAGAGGAGGAGGCGAUUCAGCGACGCGAGCAGCUCAUGCAGCAAUCCCGAACCGCACAACACAGGGGCGCACAGCCCGACGACGACGAAGUUUUCCUCCAGAUCUACCCGCUCGCCUACAAGGUGCACACGCUCGCACAGCAGCACGGCCUCAGCGUGGACGCGGCCGUGCUCAACUACCUCUCGCUCGCAGCACGCACCAGGCUCAAAAACAUGCUCGAGGCUAUGAUCGCCUCGUCGCGCCACCGCAGCUGGUCGUCGCACCACCAUGAGCCUCCGCUCUACGCAUCCACUUCGCAGCCAAUGUACGACGAACACAUCCUCACCGAUCCGGUCAAGCAGCUCGCCGCGCUCGAAAAGGCCGAACGAGGCGACGAAGCCAAAAGGCGGCGCGAACGACUCGCUCGAGACGAAGAGUCGUCCGCAGCCGCAGCCGGUCUCGACGCCGACAUGGACCUGGACGACGGCACCACCAAGGCGGACGGCAGGAAGCGGCCCAAGAAGAUGGGCCCCGGUGUGGCGGCGCGAAACAUGUCGGAGGACGUGCGCAAACGUCUGGCGGACAGCACCGCCAUGCGCAACCUCGGCGGCGGCUCGUCCAAAUACUCGUGGCUCUCCGGCGGUUCCUCCUUCCCCGGCAGCUUCAGCCCGCUCGGUGCCAAAAAGUCAAAGCCAGAAGCCGACGAUGCAAAGUCGGCGAGCCGUCUGCCCAAGCCCAAGUUUGCGCCUCAACCAGCCGUGUCCAACUGGAGUGGUGGCGCCAGCGAUGCCGGUGCAGCACCAUCAUCCAACGCCUCCACGGGCGCUUGGGGCGACGUCACCGCUCGCCAAGCUGCAAAGGACGAGGAGGAACGCCAGGCUCGUCUCAAAGUCACGCUGCGCGACGCGCUGUUUGCGCUCGAGUACGAACGAAGGGCAGGCGCAGGUCACGGCAGUGGAGACGCGCUCCUCUAUCGCAUACGUGCUGGCGAUGACCACUUUCUCAAGUCCAAGCAGGCGCACUAG